CGUGAACCGCAUAGCAGCGGAUAAGGAAACGAAGGACAAAACGACCUUUCCGCAAAGAAAUAAACUGAAAUAACUCGCAAAUUAUCCAAUACGAGACUACUAAGCGAUUUGUAGCAACGUUAAAAGGCGCGUCGGAUUCGUUCAGGUAUCCAAAGCUGCAGGAUUGCGCUUCGUUUUGCGUAAAAGGCGCUCGGUGCAGCUCGGUGCUCGUCUUCGGCCUCCAUUUUCUUGUAGCCCGCUCGGCGCCUCACGUGUCCCGGACUGUCUUUCUCACAUGACCCGUGUGUUUGUCCCCGUGACCACCAGCGCUUCCAUCUCUGUAAAUCAGUGUCGUUGAAUAUCAGCAUUUUUUACGCACACCCCGCAAAAGCCUCACAUGGAUAUGCUGGAGCAGAGCCUGGAAAACACGGCGAGUCACGACAAACAGGAUUCAGAGGACGUGGUGGCGUUGCAAGAAGGAGAGGCAGUGGGAGAGGAGCAGACUGCAGUCAUCACAGGCGUCCCACAGGCAGCAUUUGCAGACCACAAUGUACAGUACCAGUUUCGCACAGAGAACAGCGGAGGACAGCAGGUGACGUAUCGCGUGGUCCAGGUCACAGACGAUCAGCUGGAGGCCGCAGACGGAUCUGGAGCCGUCAGCGUUGUUUCUGCAGCUGCGUUUGCCGGAGCUCCUCAGGCUGUUGCCCAGGCUGUGAUCCAGAACCCGUUCAGUAAUGGAGGCAGUCCUGCUGGGGAGACCGUGGGAGGCGAGACGCGUUUUGCUUAUUUUCCUGCUGCUACAGUGAGCGAUGGAACAGCCACAGCAGUGUCUGUACAGGCCACAGCGGAGCCCACCAUCACACAAGCUGGAGGUCAGUUUUAUGUCAUGAUGAGUCCCCCUGAGGUGCUCCAGACAGCAGCUCAGCGCUCCAUCGCCCCGCGCACACACACAUACUCUGCAGAUCUCACUGAUGGCGACUUGUUGCAGACUGGCAGUUCAAACUGGAAGGUAGAUGGUCCCCGAGCUCCUAGAGACGAGAGGAGAAGAGCACAACAUAAUGAAGUUGAAAGAAGAAGAAGAGAUAAGAUAAACAAUUGGAUCGUAACUCUGUCUAAAAUUAUCCCUGACUGCAGUGUGGACAGCAGAACAGGAGCGAGUAAAGGCGGUAUCUUGUCCAAAGCCUGUGACUACAUCCGCGAGCUGCGUCAGAGCAACCAGAGACUCCAGGAGAGUUUUAAAGAUGUGGAGCGGGUCGAGAUGGACAAUGAACUGCUUAGACAACAAAUUGAAGAACUGAAGAAUGAUAAUGCACUACUGCGAGCACAACUCCAGCAGCACGGUAUAGAAGUCAAUGGAGAUGCAACACCCCAAUGAUGUUGAACUGGACUCUUCUAAUAACAUCACUAAUGUUGCUAUUUCCUUCAACCCACCACCACCACCACCUUCACCACCACCAAUAACCCGGAAACCAAUCUUGGAAGACAAUUUUGCAUAAACCUUUGGACCAUACAAGACAAUACAAGGCACGAGACACUGACAAACUGCUCUUGAACUGCACCUCCUUUUCACCGAGAUGUCCCAAGCCUCAACGAAAUCCACACCAUGUUUUUCGAAAUGACCUAUGCUUGCACCAAACCUUUCUGUUAAUUACGAGUUCAGUUCUGCCAUAGACAUUUUACUUUUAAGGUCCUAUAUUACGCUACAUGGACUCUUGUGAGCUUUAAGCCAUGUUAGAAUGAUGUUACUUCCUUAAAAACUGACCCAGAGUUGUGUUUUGUUUCAUUCACACAUGUUUGAGUAAACCUUUAUUAUUAGUUUGUCUACUUCUCGAAAACUCAAUAUGCUUUGUUCCACCUUGUGAUGUCAUGAAGCAAGCAGUAGUUUGCAAUUUAACAGCUGCCUUUUUUUUUUUUUGUUCAGUAGAGAUCGGCAAUUCCAGCUUUUGAAAUCAUCCAAAUGUUUCUACUGAAGGUGUAUGCAGUUUAAAAACACAGUGGAGCACUUUCUGUAUCACCACAUGACAUCACAAAGUGGAACAGAGUGUUUUCAGUUUGAGAGAAGAGCUCAGCCUAAAUACGCAGGGUUUGUGUGUGUGUUAAACAUGUGUGAAUGAAACAAAACACAACGCCAGGUCUGUUUUUGACGAGGAAACAACAUAACAUAGAUCAGAAAAUAGUGUAAUAUGGGAACUUUAACGGGAUUUUCCAGCACUUUGUUUAAAAAAAAAAGUCAGAUAAUGCAUUUUUAGUUUUUAUUAUUUGCCCUCUACAAGUGCCUCUGUGGCAGUAUGAUUACAAGUAGAGAAUAUCUUUUUUAUUAAUAAUUUCUAACUAUUUUAAGAAACAGAUUUCACCUACAAACUGCUGGACUAUCCUCAUUUCAGAACCUUUUGUUGUCAUUUGACGUGUUGAAACUACUAAAUGUGUUUUGCUUUGUCAUUUUAAUUUAUUUAGUCUGUUUAGGCACCAACCAAUGCUGUUUUUUGUGUUGUCAUCUCCCUUUAGCUAUUAAGAAUGUCACUGAUAACUCUUAUAUUUAGACAUUGUUUUCAAAAGCGGCCAUACCCUACAAUGGUUUAUGUAAAUGUAGGUUUGAUAGCACAGAAAGGAGGUGAUCUUAUACGAAGGCCUUAUUUUAAAGCCUUUUGGAGACUAACGUAGCUCAGGUAUCCGGGAUAGUGCUCUGGCAAGUAGUUCCCAUUUUCAAGAAAUCUUAUACUGAGAGAUUGUUGACUUCUCAUAACAUGAAUUUUGAUCUGUAAAUUGUGUUAAACGGGCAUUAAAUCAAUUGUUUGUAUAUUUGAAGAGGUUGCUGGUUUAAUGCACUGACGAUGAUACUGAAAAAAAUUAUGUUUUUUGCUAACUUUUUAUAAUAACUACACCUUAAUUAGUUUGAAUUUGUUUAAGAAUAAUUAAGGCUUAGUAACUACUUAAAGGUGCACUGUGUAGAUUUCCGGGUGGAGGAUCUGUUACCAUGGAGAUGUUGUUGCUACGGGGUUAUCUGUUUCCAUGGAGACAAGUGACGUAACAAUUCACGGGUCUGAUCUAUGGAGAGAUGAGCCCGCUUAAUGCCAUAUUGCGGUACGUUCCAGGGAAAGCAAUCUCCAUGGACACAAACAUGGUGCUGGACUCGUACCAGAAAAGUUACAUAGUGCAGCUUUAACCUAACUCCUUAACUAAGUGGUUACUAAGCCUGAAUCAUUCGUAAUUAACUCGUCUUUAUAGAGGCCGUCAAUAGUGGAGUUAUUAUAAAAUGUUACCAGGUUUGUUUUAAAUAUUUUUUGUUUUUUAAUUAGCCCUGAAAAAAACAAAAAUAACUGGGAACUUUUGCUGGACAGAGGAUUGUAUUAAUACUCGCCUGGUCAGUGAGGAGUGUGCUGAGAUGAGAUGGGGUGAAGCGGUAUUAAGACUAACCGACUUUUGUCUAGACUGAAGUCACCACCGCAUGGAGCAAAAACCACUGGCAUGUCUGAUUCUGAUACAAUAAACAAGUCUUUAUAAAAACGUC